UGCUGGGGGCAGCUCAGGGAACAGCUCUGGGAGCAUCCCGGCAGAUUUCUGGACAAUUUAGGAGCUGAUAGUAACGCUCUGUCAUCCUCCCCCUCGCUAGGGAACGAGACCUUCUCUCACAUCUCCUGCCUCAUCCAUCCUCCUUCCUCACAGAACACAGAAUUCCCAGGGGCAGGCAGCGUGGGAGACCAGCUCACAUUCCCUCGUGUGCAGUGUUUGAGUGUGAGCCUUCCCCUCGUGUUUCAGAGCACAGCUUCAGCCCCAGGCUCCUGGAGGAUUUCAGUGUCCGCACCCUCUACGACAAGCUGGAGGAUCAGAAUUUGCACCUGGCCUCUCAGCUGGCAAAGCACAGGAUGGACGUGCUGGUGUUCCACAACAGGAUCAGCCACAGCAUCCAGAGCCUGGUGGACACGGUGCAAGCUCUGGACUGGGAAGGCCUGAAAACCUUUUCCAGGCAAGGGAUCUGUGAGCAGAAAGCUGCAGAGCAGAGCUGGGCAGCAGUGGGUGCAGAUCACUGGAACAACAACUUCCAGGCAGGUGCCCCGUGGCAAGAGGUGACAGAGUUAAUGAGAGCUCUGGAAGUGCUGCUUGGGAACGUUCCUGACGGGAGCAGAGCUGCAAACCCAGAGAUGGAGCUCAGGAUCCAAGCACAGGCUGCAGUGGGAGCCGUGCCCUCCCUGCACAGCCUGGCCACUGAAAAUAAAUCAGAAGGGCAGGAUCCUGAGCUGUUCAGCAGGAAAGAUCCUUUUUCCAGCCUGCCUGGGCAUGAGGAGCAGGGUUUAGCUCUCCAGCUGGUUUAUCUGACUGAGCUGGAGGUCGAGGGUCUGGUGGCAGCUUCCCCCCUUGCCAAGACCCUGUGUGAGAUCAAGGAAGCUUUGGUCAAUCUGCAGCAACCCUCAGCCCUUGGUAAUUCAGACAGCAAACAUCAAACCAGCCUGGGGAGCUCAGCCCUCUUCUGACUGCUGGAUUCCUGGGAUGAAGCCCUGCAGCUGGAAUAAGGAGGAGUUGCAUUCUCAGAGCACUGAAGGGACAGAAGCAGGAGUAUUUCGUGUUCUGCACAGUAAAACAGCCACCAGCUCAUUUCCUGGAGGAGCUGAACUUACCCUGGGCAAUGGAUAAAGUUGGAUUGGGAAGGGAGGGGGUGUCUGGGACAGAGCAGCUUUACCUGAAGUGUCAGAACAGACACAGAUUUAAUUAAGGAUGUAUUUGGUCAAACAUGUGAUGAGGAAUCCAUAUUCUUUUUGCUUAACCUUGAAAUAUUUUCACAUUUGCUGUGGAUUGCAAUAGUUUGUAGGCUGGAGAAGGAGGCUGAAGUCCUUGGUGUUGUUAAGUUAAUAAAGCAAUAAACAGAAGACCACAAGUGGCAUAA